AUGACCACGACGCCCGCAACAGGCAGCUCCGUUUGUGUCAUUGGUUCUGGCCCGGCUGGCCUCAUAACUGCACAUGUCUUGGUUCAAGACGGGUUUCGAGAUAUGCAGGUACUUACUCGAGACGCGUCUCCGGGUGGUGUCUGGUCGCGAGAGCGGAUGUAUCCCAGCGUGGUGGUGAACAACGUACAUGGGGAGUAUUGCUUCUCUCCACUGCCAAUACCACCUUCUGUACUCGCGGACAAGCGCGUGUCGGGCAUUGAGACGCAAGCGUACAUGGAGCAGUUUGCAGACAUCUUCUUGAAAGGUCAUAUCCAGUACAACAUCGAAGUGUUGAAGGUACAUCGAGACGACGGUUCGGGCAUAUGGUCCGUUGACGUGCUAGACAAAAAAACCAGCACUCGGAAGGUGCUCACCUACGAUAAAGUGGUCGUGUGCACUGGGGGCUGUAGCAGUCCAUUCAUUCCGGACUCGCUGUCUCCAGCUUCAGACAAGAACUCUGGGUUUUUCGGCCCCGUGAUACAUUCAUCCGAGUUUGCCCAAAAGGCCGAAGAAAUCAUCAACGCCGCCGAGGGGGCUUCCGACGACGACUUCAACAUUGUAGUCGUGGGAGGCGGUAAAUCUGCGCAGGAUAUCUGUGUUCGUCUGGCUCAGGAGAAGUUACCUGUGACCCUCGUACUGGACACUCCAAAUGCAGUUGUGGCCGCCCCAUUCGCGCUGCCAGACUUCAUUCGAAGGAGCCGGUUAGGUGAUAAGCCUGAUGGCGCCCCAUAUUCGCCUCAGAACAAGAACCGAGCGUUUCCUUCAUACAACUUGGCUGGGGAGCAAGAUUGUCCGUGGGUUCUGGAAUGUCCUGCGAACGUCCUCGCAUUGUCCAUUCCACCCGAUUCACCGCUACGCCAGUCUACGUCUUUAUUCUGGAGCACCCGGGCAAAUGAUGAAGGAACGCCACGCAAGGAUGGCUUCUAUUCGCUCAUCAAUUCCGGUAGCAUCAAGCUCGCUGCACCGGAAAGGGUCUCCGGAUAUGGUGAAGAUGGGCAGUCAAUCAUCCUUAAUAGUGGUACGAAGGUGAAAGCCAGUAUAGUCAUCUAUGCUACCGGCUUCCAGUCUUCGUGGUCAGGGCUAUUCGACGGUCACACGGAAGAACGACUUGGUCUCAGCGGACGCGAAUGGUAUCCCCAGCCAGCCACGGACGAAUGGUCAUCCUACAAGACGCUUGAUGACCCUCCGGAGAUCCAGAAGGAUGUGAUUGACCCGCAGAUAUAUCGAGGCAUUGUACCCGCCCGAAACAUAGCGAGAGCCGAUUUCGCCAUCAACGGUAGUAUUUUCUCGGCGCACAGCGCGUGCACAUACGAAGUAACCGCACAUUGGAUUUCCUCGUACUUCUUGGGAGACCUCAAAUACCUCCCUUCCUCAACUGAGGAAGCACUUACGCAUACGGCUCGGAACGCGGCUUGGAUACGGAAGCGUUAUCCUGGCGUCUUGUACAAGAUCAAUGAGAGCUUCACCAGUGAUAUCGUAUUUUGGGCAUGGCCUCAGCAAAUGGACGACCUACGCGAAGAUAUGGGCGUCAUGGGAGCAAAUGAUCCUUGGAACUGGUUGACCUGGCCCUUUAAGGUGGUUGGUGUUGACGACCUGAAGGACUUAAAGCGCCAAAGGGAAACAGCGCGCGAACAGAAACAUUAUGACGUUGCACAAGACGGCGGAUCCUCGAAGCGCUCCACCACUGUGGUCACCGUUACUCCGGAAGAUGCCAACGACGACGAUGCAUCCCUCGGUGCUGGUACGUCGUGCAAGGAGUGAAACCUGAUGGGAAUUUCACCUGCUAUUUCGCCUUCUAUUUCCGCAUCGCUGGCGCCCUGAGACAUAGUUGAGUACGAGAAUAAUGGGGGAGUGCAAGAUCAAAAGGGAUAAUUUCACCGUCAUAACCCCAAACUCCAGUGUACGGCUCAUUGCCC